AUGGCCCACAGGCCGCGGGAAGUGCUUUCCAAGGUCGAACGUAAUGCGCUUAGAGAACUCAAGGCCGAUAUAGACCUGGUCAUCGUGCCAGCGGACAAAGGACGCGCCACAGUUGUACUGGAAAGGACAGACUACCUUCAAAAAACCAAAGGUUUACUGGAGGACCGACAGUUCUAUGUCCCAUGUGCAACGAACCCUUUAAAGGAGCUGACACGCGAAAUUAAUGCUACUUCGUUGGCCUUGGAGAACUCAGGUGCAAUAACACCGACCGACAUACGCAUGGCGAGACCCCAAGAUACGGCUUUGGCCCGAUUCUAUGGCGUCCCUAAGGUGCACAAAGACGGCGCUCCUCUCCGACCCAUCGUGUCGCUCAAAGGUACUCUAACGUACGGACUGGCUAAGUGGCUGUUCCGGCGUCUCAAGUCCCUGACCGCUGAGUCAGACACCACGGUCUCUUCGUCAGCAAAAUUCCUGGAGAAACUCAAAGGGGUAAGCAUCCAUCCAAAUGAGGUCAUGGUAUCUUUUGGUGUUACAUUCCUAUUUACUUCUAUUCUUCAGGACCUGGCGAUCGAGACAAUUGAGCUGCUACUACAAAGCAAAUACGAUGAAACGGAAAACCGUCUUGGGAACGCCCAAAUCCUUCAGCUCCUGAAGCUCUGUCUCAGGACGUACUUCACGUUCAACGGGACAAUCUACGAACAGGUGAAGGGCACACCGAUGGGUUCGUCGAUUUCGGGAUUCAUUGCCGAGUCGAACCUGCAACGAUUAGAAUCGCUGGUUUUCCAACACCACAGACCGAGAUUCUGGGCCCGGUAUGCGGAUGACACCUUCGUCGUCAUCGAACGGGAUCAGGUGCUGACAUUCCAAGAACGCCGUAUUUACGGACAUUCAAUUUACGAUGGAUGA